GACGUGGAAUCCAAAACGGACACAAACUUGUGAACCGUAGUCGUGGUUAGUACGUCGCUUUCAUUCCAUCUCCAAGUUUUGCUUAAUUCAGACCGUGUAUUGCUGGAUACGAUCUCCAAGAACUGUUGACGCGUUAACAUGGAUCAAUUCGCAAAGUUCUACGAACCAGGCCGCUCGUUCGCCAAGGAUUCCAUCCGACUAAUUAAGCGCUGCACUAAACCCGACCGUCGCGAGUUCCAGAAGAUCGCUAUUGCCACCGCUAUCGGAUUCUGCAUCAUGGGAUUCAUCGGUUUCUUCGUGAAACUGAUACACAUCCCGAUCAACAACAUCAUCGUCGGUUCAUAAGUUAGGCGAUCGCCCCCUUCAUCGUUUCCCUGCAAAAGCUUAAGAAAAAACAUCCCCUUUAAACUUGGACGACUGAUACCCGUACACAUAACCCUUCUGCUCCGUUUUUCGCAUCCCACAACCCUUCACAUCCACAAUCGGUCACGAAGACGAUUGGCAAGUUUCACUGCUAUCAAAGGAACAGCUUACCGUCGCGGUCCUACUCGGUCGAUGGCGUACCGAAGUCGUUUUCCUGGCACUUGCAUAUAUUAUAAGAGUAUGAUUCUGUUCUCGAGCGUUAUAAGUUGUAAUUAAUCGUGUAACCCGUUACUUGUAGUAGCGAGAGUUGCAUAGUUUAGUGAAAUGAAAUAAAUAAUUUAUUGUUUCACUAGAGACCUAGA